AUGGAAGCCAAAGAGAUCGAGGCCAAGGCCAAGGCCUUGACCAAGGCGGCUACACAGAAUGAGCCCGCGUCUACAAUCCUGACGAUGCUCAAGGAAAUUCAACAAGGGGUCAAGGCGACGGAAGAUCUGCUACGGCAGACCCGGAUCGGUAUUAUUGUGAACAAAUUCAAGCAACACAAGUCUCCCGAGGUGGCUCGGUUAGCGGGCGAGAUCGUUUCAAAAUGGCGGGUUGAACUCGCCUCGACCGGCACAGAACGGCACUGGAGCUUCCACGCCUGCCUCGGCGACCCGUCUGAUAAGACCUCGAAACUGUCGGUGCCGCCUGACAAGCGCACGUGGAAGGCGGAUGGAGUGGACACGGCGGUGACGAAGAAUCGGGUGCGUGACAGCUGCAUCGGGCUGAUGUACGAUGGACUGUGUCUGGGGUCGACUGAGUCUCCCAAGGCUGUCCUGACAAAGGCGUCGGCCGUUGAGAAUGCCGCCUACACGUUGUUGGGUCCCGAGACCAAGGAGGAAUACCGCACCAAGAUGCGCAGUCUCUAUCAAAAUCUUAAGAACAAGUCCAACCCGACGCUACGGACCCGCGUGCUCGGUGGUGAGGUGAGCCCGGAGGACUUUGUCCGGCUGAGCUCCGAUGAGCUGCGUUCCGCUGAGCAACGCGAGGCGGAUGCCCGAAUUAAGAAGCUGAACAUGGACAAGGCGAUGGUGGGCCAGCCCGAGCGCAGUAUCAGUACGAGUCUGCAGUGUGGCAAGUGCGGUCAGCGUAAGGUGACCUACACUGAAGCACAGACACGCAGUGCUGACGAACCGAUGACUUUGUUCUGUACCUGCGUGAACUGCGGCAAGUCGUGGCGUCAAUAA